AUGCCCCCUCCCACCACCGCGCAGCAAGUCCUCCAAGGCCUCCAACUCCCCGAGGCCGAGCGCGGCCCCCACGACAGGUGGUGCGGCCUCACGGACAAUGACUACCGCACGUACUGCCCGGCCGGCGUCACCCCGGAGCAGAUGGAGUCCUUCCUCGCCGGCACCCUCCCGUCCCUCGCGACGUUUGCUGCGCGCUGGGACGGACGCAUAGCCGAGCUCAGGGAAUACCUUGCCGGCGGCCUCCUACACGCAGAUAGCAACUUCAACGCCACAAACAUACUCGCGGCGUUCCACUACGUGUGCCAUGCUCGCCAGGUCUUCAUCGGCUUCGAGCUGUAUCAGCCCGCGGCCAUGGCGCGCAGCGUCGACGCCGCCCGCCUCCCCCUCCUCCUCCCCGAUCCGACGAACAAGCCCGGUCGCUCCAGCUUCAUCGACAGGCGCGACCUGCUUACCCUGCGCUGGAUGUACGCCGACCACACCCUCACGGUGGGCCACCUCGUCGCGGCGCAGACACGCUGCCCCCCCCUCUGGAUGUACCUCCGCUCCCGGGCCACAGCCCUCGUCCUCGCCGAGACUUGCUGCUACGUGGCGCGCUUUGGUGUCAGGGGCCUCGCAUGCUGGUAUGGGUACCUCAUCUGCAACGUCGAUCCCGUGCACACUGUGUAUGAGGGCGGUGAGCGCAUAGGUCUGCGGCGUCACACUUGA